GUGAGCUGAUCAGAGAGAAAGCAUUCUGCCAGCCCAGCGCCUACAAAUCGCAGUCACUUCCUAGCCUCCCCCUUUUUAACAUAUUUGAUCACUUUGAUUCUCUGUUCUCUCUCUUAUUAUUUUUACGCGCACGAAGGAGGUUCUAUAGGUUGGGGAUCUUUUUGUUUUAUUAUCAGUCCUGCUUGCCGGAGAGUUGACUUCAUAUUUGACUCGAGCACAGGCUGCAACUGCGCGCGGCUGCAAGCGCUACCUCGUCUGAAGAAAAGGAAGAAGCGGCAAUAUUUUUUUUGCCAGUUGGUUUUCUUCAAGACUUUACGCUGGAACUUCUCGCGUGUCGCAAGUAGGCGAUCUUUGAAAGCUGCGUGUUUCUGCGCGUCCGAACAUCGCUACACACGCGAAGUUCUCUGUCCUGCUCUGUUCAUAUCUUCUUCCGCCGUGUUUAUUUCCCAUUAUUUCCUUGAUGGGUUUACUGGAUGGAUGACUGCAAGUGCCCCUGGACUUGGCCUCUAAAAGCAAGGCUGCUAUUCGGCUUGUCUUUGCUUCAGUUUUAGCCACAUGCCAGGUAACGCCGUUUCAGUCAAGAAAUAGACUAGCUGCUGUUUGUCGUCGGUGCGCAACUUUGAACGGACAUUCAGACUCUAACCCACCGUGCCGAUCCUGAAUUAUUUAUUUUACCUUCCUAAGUGAUAAAGGCACCGUGCUGCGUUAUCGUUUUUUGAAACCAAGCAUUCCGAAACCAAAAACGGGGAACAAAAAGUUUUUUCAACGUUGACUGAUAGAUAUGGCAAUGGUAGUGUGGAGAGGCUCCCAGGACGAUGUGGCCGAGACCCAGGGCACCCUCUCAUCGCAAGCCCAAGGAGGACUAUCCCUUCCAACCCCUCAACCAGGCCAGCUGGGUCUGACGGCCUCUCAGGUUGCCCCUCCGACCCCUCAGACACCCGUUCAAGGACCCCCGAACAACAACACACAGUCCACCCCGACGAACCAGACGACGCAGAGUCAGUCGGAAAAGCCGCAACCACAGCACAUAGAGUGCGUGGUUUGCGGGGACAAAUCCAGCGGCAAACACUAUGGCCAGUUCACUUGCGAGGGGUGUAAAAGCUUUUUCAAACGGAGCGUACGAAGGAACCUCACUUACACAUGCCGUGCCAACAGGAAUUGUCCCAUUGACCAGCACCAUCGCAAUCAGUGUCAGUACUGCCGCCUCAAAAAAUGCCUCAAAGUUGGCAUGAGACGGGAAGUUUCUCUUUUUACUGCAGCAGUGCAAAGGGGACGGAUGCCACCCACACAGCCACACCAUGGUCAGUUCGCCUUGACAAAUGGGGACCCACUGCACUGCCAUUCCUACUUAUCCGGAUAUAUCUCUCUACUACUACGAGCGGAGCCCUACCCGACUUCUCGGUAUGGCAGUCAAUGCAUGCAGCCCAACAACAUCAUGGGCAUCGAGAACAUUUGUGAACUGGCAGCCAGGAUGCUGUUUAGUGCGGUAGAGUGGGCCAGGAAUAUUCCCUUCUUCCCAGACCUCCAAAUUACCGACCAGGUUGCCCUUUUGAGGUUGACCUGGAGUGAGUUGUUUGUGCUCAACGCUGCUCAAUGCUCCAUGCCGCUCCAUGUGGCUCCACUUCUGGCGGCGGCUGGGCUCCAUGCCUCCCCCAUGUCUGCGGACAGAGUGGUCGCCUUUAUGGACCACAUUAGGAUCUUCCAAGAACAAGUAGAAAAGCUCAAAGCUUUGCACGUUGACUCUGCUGAAUACAGCUGUUUAAAGGCCAUCGUUUUAUUCACUUCAGAUGCUUGUGGCCUGUCAGAUGUGGCCCAUGUGGAAAGUUUGCAAGAGAAGUCCCAGUGCGCUCUGGAGGAGUAUGUUCGGAGCCAGUAUCCCAACCAGCCAACUCGAUUUGGGAAGUUAUUACUGCGCUUGCCCUCUCUCCGUACAGUCUCGUCUUCGGUCAUAGAGCAAUUAUUUUUCGUCCGAUUGGUAGGUAAAACCCCAAUUGAAACCCUCAUCAGGGAUAUGUUGCUGUCGGGGAGCAGUUUUAACUGGCCUUACAUGUCAAUUCAGUAGGCAGAAGCAAUGAUCAAAGGGGCUGUGACUACAAUAGUUAGCGCUUCUUUUGUAGAAGGAAACGGCUGUUACACGAGUUUACUUUCACGAAGAAAGACUUUCAUACAAUGACUGUGAAUUUUAAAAUUGAGACAUUCAGUGAAGCCUCGAAAUCCAGAGAUUGCUCCCAGUGUCAUUCUGAACAGUUUGUUCUAAUGUUUUUUGUUUGUUUGUUGUUUUUGUAAUAAAUGCAAAAAUGAAGAAAGAAAUAAAUAACCCAUUAAAAUUAAUACAAAAGGGAAAAAGGCAAGAGAAAAAUAAUUCAAGGAGUUUCAUAAUCGUUUCUGGGACAGCAAAACUAUAAAGUGCAUUUAAGCGACAAUUUGGAAAUACUAAGAAGAGAAGAAAAAAGUAAUUUUUUUCCAAAUUGCUUUAUUGUCCUGUGUCCAUGUAUCUAUAGCUGUUUUUGUAAUUUUUGUUCCUCCUUUCUGGUUCCAAACCGGCCUAUGUGAUUCUGUAGUAUGCAGUUGGUGUUUUUUUUCUUUUUAAAUAACCAUGACUUAUUCUAAAACAGUUCAGUAAUGUAAAGAGGUUCUUCGAGAAUUCGAGAAUUAAAACUAAAUCCACAGCAAUAUAGGCUAUGCUUAAUGCUGCAAGCGCACUUACUCUAUUGAUGUCCCUUAAUGAACAAGAGUAGGGAUUAUUUUCAUGAUCAACUCAAAUUGACAUACACAAAAUGCCAGAGCACUAGUAACGUUCCAAUGUCUUACACUAUUCUUCUAACUGAUAUAGACACCAUAAAUCAUUAUCCUCCCAAAUGGAUGCAGGAGCAAUACUCCACUCUGCAAAAACUAUCAGUUAGUUAUAUGCGCCACAAAAGUAUUUGCAAAAUCUCAUCGUAUUUGGUUGAGAGAUACGACCUGCCUCCAUUUUUUAAUAUUUGGGUUCGGGAAUGGUCGUCAGAUUGUAAUGCAAAUAGUAGAACAACGUGUUUGAUUUUACAGUUAAGGAGACCCCCACUUAAUAUUUUCAGAUGUAUUACCGGAACCCACCUUAAGUUGCGCCCAUGCGAAUUCUCGCUUCUCGCUUCUCGCUUCUCGCUCGCUCGCUCGCUCGCUCGCUGUGUUUUGCCACAGUAAACUGUAUUUUGGACGUGGGGGAAAUGAUGGGCCAUCAUUCUUUUAAUGAUAAAGCAGCAGUAUUAAUUAGACGUACCUAUAAAUGUCCCUCAACACUUAAAGCAUUAAAGUGCCUGUACAGCGCAAAUGUGUUAUUAACGGUUACUGAAGUCUAUAUAUACCAUGGGGAACACGCUUAGAAUUUACAAAGUAAGUCUUAUAAUUGUUCAUUUCACUUGAGGGAAAAAAACACAAGUAGAGGCAGUAUUCUUGUAAAUAUAGGUCAAUUCAUUUCAAGGACUUUUUCUUUAUACAACGUAUAUGUGAUUAAGAAUAAAACUGUGGUUGCCAAUUUUUUUCGGUAAUACAAAUGUCUUCAAAUGAGUGACAGACUUAGCUAGUAGCACUGAAAGUUCUGUUUGUAAUGUACAUACAUAUUAAGACAAAUGUUUUUUUUUUCUUCCUUUCUUUUUCAUGUAUUUAGACUGUGAAUGCAUG